AUGCCUAGGCCAGCUGAGCAGCCGCAACCGCAACCGCACCCGCAUUUCUAUCCUUAUCGCCAAACGCCUACCGCACCGUCGCAAUCUCCGACCUAUCCAUCUCAAGGAUACCAUUCUCAACAGAUCUCGCCCUUGAGCACUUCUACCAAUGCCUCGCCUACCUCUCCCAAACCGUAUCAUCGUCAGCGUUUACGACCGCUCUACAUGCCCGCGGUUUUAAGACCGACCGAGCACCCCUACAAGAUGAUUGGGAGGAAGACGGAAGCACAGGAAGAUGAUAACCCGUUAUCGUCUAACAGCAGCUUCAUCAGUCUGACUGGAUUGGGCGCGCUUAGCCGACUGAGCCGCCGUACUACAGGCGACAGCGGAAAGUAUGUUGAUGAUGAAUGGGACUUGGAUAUGUUUCCAAAGCCGACGGCGCAACCCACGCGGCAACACUGGAAGCCCGACCCGGAAUCAACUAUCUGCGACGAACCCUCAUGUAUGCGCCACUUCAACUACUGGACACGUCGGCAUCACUGUCGGAAAUGUGGCAACAUCUUCUGCGAUUCGCACUCGGCAUACGAUGUUCCUCUCGAUCAAGACGCGAAUUAUAACCCGAAAGGUACUCCGAGCCGCGCGUGUUCCCACUGUUUUUCAGAAUUCAGAGCGUGGCGUAGUCGGACGAAUAGCCAAGCUUCUAGCGAUACGUCUUCCACCGGUAGAGAAUCGCAAACCGCACCCACGAGCCCAGCCGCUUCGGCCCCGACGGCAAUCCAAGGUCAGCAUGGCCAUCAUCAGGAGGUCGCGAUGAGCGUUCCACGGGACUGGAACUGGAGUACCUUCUAA